AUGGUGGUUCCACCUGAAGUUAGUGAUAUAGGUAGGGCUUGUAAAAGAUUUCUAUUUACUACAGAAUUUGCUGGAUUUCUUAUACUAACGUUUUUUUAGAAUGAAAUGACAUUGUCAAUAGGAAUAAGAUUAUUGAUUGAAGCUAUUUUAGCUGCUUAUUUUUAUUUAAAAUGUAGUGAUUCUUCAGGUAUUCCUCUAAAAGUUGAUGAAGAACAAGAAAUAUCAUAAUUAUCAAUUUCAACAUAAUAAAGAGAUAAUUCUCAAUAAGAAUCAUAUUAAAUACCCCAAAAAUAUGUAUGUUAAGAAUGCAAUAUAAUUUAACCUUAUAGAACCAAACAUUGCAAAAAAUGUAAGAAAUGCAUACCUAAAUAUGAUCAUCAUUGUUUUUGGGUAGGAGGUUGCAUAGGUGAAUUAAAUCAUAGAACAUUUUGGUUAUUUUUAUAUUUUUAAUGUUUGUUAUGUUUUGAUGCUUUAUUUUAGUUUAAUAAAUAGUUGAGUCUCUAUUCAAUUUAUUAAGAAGAUAAAGAAAAUAAAUAUUAGUAACAAUAUUUAAUUAUACUACUUAUUGGAGCUAUUUCAUUUGGAUUUGGUAUUUUUACAGGAGCUUUAUUAUUUUAUCAUACUAUGUUAAUAAUGACUGGACAAACAACUUGGGAACAUACUUAAAGAGAUAAAAUUACAUAUUUGAAAUUUUAUCCAAAAUUUUAUCAUCCUUACAAUUAUGGAAUGUUUAAAAAUAUAAGGAUUACAUUCUUUCAUAAAAACUAACAAUCACAUUGGAUUCCACCAUUAAAAGAUUAAAUAUAAGAAUAAUGUAAUUUAUUUGAUAACAAAUAUUACUCAUGUUGUUGA